UUAAAGGAAUGAUGGCAGCUGAAGUUAGCUCUCUGGUUAGGAUUUUGAACGCUGGUGGUGGUGCCUUGAAUGAUUCAUCAUCUUCAUCAUCAUCGUCGUCGUCAUCAGUGAACAAAUCUACAGGUUUAAUAACGAGGGACUUGCUGGGAGGAUGCCGCUCCCUUGAUUCUAAGGAACUCGACCUUGAUUUGCAGGUUCCUUCUGGCUGGGAAAAGCGCCUCGACCUCAAGUCAGGUAAAGUGUAUCUACAGAGGUGCAAUUCUUCUAAUUCUUCGUCGGCGACUUUGGAACAGAAGCAACAAAAGUAUCAAGCAUUUGGAAAGCUUCAAGACCUUAAUUUCCCUCCAGCAUCAAAGCAACCCCUCAACCUCUUUGAUGAACCAAACUUAGACCUAAAGCUGCUUCCUUCAUCGUCCUCUUCACCAUCAUCGUCGAACUAUCACAGUGUAUGCACCCUGGAAAAAGUGAAAUCUGCUCUGGAAAGGGCGGAGAAAGAAACAACGCGGAAGCGUUCAGUAUCAGUGUCAAUGUCGUCAUCUCCAACAUCGAAUUCCUCAUCCUCGAUCAAGGAUACAGAGAUUGAUAAGGAGAACCUCUGUGCUUCUUUUGCUGCUGGCUGUCCUAGUUGCCUGCUUUAUGUGCUGAUAUCUAAGAAUGAUCCUAAAUGCCCUCGUUGCCAUACCUUCGUUCCAUUACCCGUAACAAUGAAGAAGCCUCGAAUUGAUCUUAACAUAUCCAUGUAAGAGUGAAGAAGAGCCAAGAAAUCAUUUUGAUUUUUUCCCCUUUUUUGUUUGUAAAGAUAGAAAAUAUUAUCUUGUAAGUUAUAGAAUGGUAUAUACAUGUUUCAAACGUUUGGUGUUCCUUCCUUGUUGGCAGAGUAGCAUAUGAAUUCACCAGACCCUCUGAGGCUGUCUUGCCCCUCUCUUUUUUGGGGAUAAAUGCAUUGUUUCAUCACA